AUGGGCCAUUUUCUGGGCUGGAACCAACUUUUGUUUUAUACCGGUGCAGUUGUGACCCAUUUUGUUUCGGCAAAGCCUCCCUUCUACGACGAGCUUCUGACGUUGCCCAAAGCGGUCAAUUUCGUCGGGAUGAUCGAAAAGGAGUGGAGCGAGAGCUGGGCUGACAAUUUCUCGACGGCCGACUACAUUGCGGUCAUUGACAGCGAUGUCGUGUUCACUUCCUUCGUCCUGCCCUCGCUCCUCUUUGAGCCAGGGCCGCAUGGACUCAGGCCGAUCGUCAUGGGCCAUUCCGCGCACGAAGUGUUUCCGGCAACUGUGCUCGCGCUUCGACUGGUAUGGGUGGCUGAGUUUAUGGAUAAUUUUCCUUUGGUCAUCCAUCGGCAGCACUUUGCAUCGCUACGGCGGGUGCUGGUGAUGCUAUACGGCGCCCAUGAAUCCGACGACUUCGACAGCGUAUUCGUGCCAUACCUGAAGGGCGUCUGGGAAGAGUCCAGCAAGAGCCUCGCGAAGCUUCCGGAGUGCAUUUGCUUCCACUCCAUGAUGGGCAGCUUUCUGUACCACCGCUACAAGGAAUUCUACGCGUGGUCGAUCCGGCAUGGGCAUGUCAAGUCGCUGCCUGCUGAGCACUGCUGCCCGCGACUACGGGUGGCCCAUCACGUUCCAUAUUGGGGGAUGGAGAACUGGAUGGCGCGCUGGGGAUACCACUACAAGCAAUUGAAGUUCGCCAUCGCAUGGAAGUCCCCUGCAUCGGUCGGAGACCUCGCCUACCGACAGCGCAGCGCUGCGCUGAUGUUUGCGGGGCUGUGUGCUGUCCGCUGGGCACAAGGCAACACGUCUUUGGCAAGAGGGCGUGACAGGCUGGUUGCGAUCAACAGCAGCUGGCGCAUUACAGACGUGGGCAUGCUAGACGCGCAACACGAUCUGUGCGUCCAGGGUCUUGCGCUCCUCGAGGGGCGUGGCACAUGGGAGGACCGGAAGUAA